UAGAAUACAAAAACAUCAAGAGCGCAAUCAUGUGGCUCUCUUCCUCAAACUACUUGCAGAACUUUUGCAACAAGGGCUCGGGCUUCGAUUGCAGAGAAUUCAACUUAGAUAAUGAUCUUUUGCCCUCACUUGGAGCCACAAUCGACCAAACAAUCAAACACAGGAAGCACAUUAUAUCCCCAAACAAUCCUCAUUACAGACUAUGGGAGAUGUUUCUGAUUAUCCUUGUUCUCUACUCAGCUUGGAUCUGUCCAUUUGAGUUUGCAUUUCUGAGAUAUUUGCCAAGUAAAAUUUUCCUUGUGGACAAUGUAGUCAAUAGCAUUUUCGCAAUUGACAUUGCAUUGACCUUCUUUGUUGCUUACGUUGACCUCAAGUCCUAUCUCCUUGUUGAUGAUCCCAAGAGAAUAGCUGUCAGGUACCUAUCCACCUGGUUCAUCUUUGAUGCGUGCUCAACAUUUCCCUUUCAUUCAAUGAGCCUCGUCUUCAAUAGACAUGGGAAUAGCCUUGGCUUCAAACUUCUAAGCAUGCUUAGACUCUGGCGAUUGCGCCGCGUUAGUUCCCUGUUUGCCAGACUUGAGAAGGAUAUUCGGCUCAAUUAUUUCUGGACACGAUGCAUAAAACUCUUAUCCGUAACUCUUUUUGUAGUUCACUGUUCAGGAUGCUUUAACUAUAUGAUCGCUGAUAGAUACCCAGAUCCCAAAAGAACCUGGAUAGGUGCAGUCAUUCCAAAUUUCCAGGAAGAUAGUCUCUGGAUCAGAUAUGUAACAGCAUUAUACUGGUCCAUUACAACACUGACUACUACGGGUUAUGGUGACUUGCAUGCAGAAAACAUAAGGGAAAUGUUGUUUGAUAUUUGCUACAUGUUCUUUAAUCUGGGCUUGACAGCUUACCUCAUUGGAAAUAUGACAAACCUUGUUGUCCAUGGAACCAGUCGCACCAAAAACUUUAGGGACACCAUCCAGGCUGCUUCAGAGUUUGUAUCGAGAAAUAAGCUCCCGAAACACAUAGAAGAGCAGAUGCUGUCUCACAUUUGCUUAAGGUUCAAGACAGAGGAACUCAAACAGCAAAAAAUCCUAGAUUGUCUCCCAAAGGCCAUUCAAUCAAGCAUAGCUGAGCAUCUGUUCCUUCCCAUUGUUCAAAAAGUAUACCUUUUCCAGGGGGUCUCACUUAAUCUCAUUUUCCAAUUGGUGUCAGAAAUGCAAGCCGAGUAUUUUGCACCAAAUGAAGAUGUGAUACUCCAGAAAGAAACACCCACAGAUUUGUACAUCAUAGUAUCAGGAUCAGUGGAGGUGGUAAUGUAUUCAGACGGAAUUGAAGAAGUACAUGAGAAGGUUACCACAGGAGGAGUAUUUGGAGAGAUAGGAGUUCUAUGUAAAAUAUCACAGCCGUUCACCGUAAGAACCAUUGAGCUAUCCCAAAUCCUCAGACUCAAUAGGUCUGCACUUCACAACACUAUUCAGGAAAGCAAAGAAGAUUCAACUAUUAUUAUGAGAAAUCUUUACCAGAACUUAAAACUUCAUGACAAAGUAUACGUUGGGAUACAUCAAAACAAUCCAGAAGAUUUUCAGAAUGAAGAGUCAGACAGAGAUCAUAUGAAUAAGAACAAGAACCAUGCAAGUGAUGGGCAUAACUAUCAAAUUGGGAAGCUACAUACACUGGAACAAAUGGAAGAAGGAUACCUACUAUGUGAUAAGGAAACUAACAAGGAUAACUGUGUAAUUAAGGAAGUUUCAAUUAGUCAAGACAAUCAAGAAGUAGGCCUUGCAGAGAACCAUAUUAGGUUUGAGACAGCUACACAGGAAAGAUGCAAUGAAAUUGCAACAAUUCUGCCAAACCUGGAAGCCCCUAUAGGCAAAGUAGAUGGUGCCACAUGGAUGGAUAAAGAUUUUUAUAGGAAACAUGAGAAAGGAACAUUUGGAUUACUCUCCAGUGAAAUGCACAGGAUGAAUUUCACUAAGAAUGUUGAACGAACAUUAGUUGAAAUGAAACCAUCUCACAGAAAUCAUUAUGAGAACCAUGGAAGAAGAGAAUGGAGAAACUGGCAUGGAUAUUCAGAUACUAAUGAAAUACUGAUAAACUCUUGUUCACAAAGUCGAAGUUGUUAUUGUCCUAACAAUAUCAGUAAACUAACAAGAAGGGUGAUCAUUCAGAUGCAUUCUCAAGAGGAAAAUACAGAAAGACAACAAAUGGGAAAAGUGAUUAACUUACCUGAUACUAUAGAGGACCUCCUCAGAAUUGGUGGUGAGAAGUUUGUGGGACAUCAUCCUAUUAAAGUGAUCAACCGAGAGAAUGCAGAAAUUGAUGACAUUAGCAUAAUCCGUGAUGGGGACAAUCUAUAUCUAGUAGAAGCAUAAUAGUAAUAGUGAGACUGUCAAAAAGGUUAAGAACUAUGGAGGAAUAAUGGCAAAGACGUUGUUUCUGCACUUAACAUGUAUACUGCAAGAAGGUUGAUGACAAAAAUGCAAUGAUGUGAAAACUUCUCAACUAAUCUUGUAUAAU